CUAGAAAAUUGACUUUAUCUAUGGGGAGUAAUAGAUAUGGGGAUUUUAUAUGUUUAGGAACAUAUGAAAAAGGUGUUGAUACCAUUAUCUUUGUGCCUGAAGGACGGAAAGGAAAAGGAUUUCAAUUGUUCGUAUUGAAGGAGGCUAAAAAUGAGGUUUUGCAAAAUUGUUCAGAAGCCUUUGGGAUUAUUUGCUCAUGUCAUGCAUCUGAGAAAUAUGCUUCUGAGAGCAUUGAGUCUAUUUUUUCCUCUCUGUUUCAUGCCGAUCUACUUGAUUAUGGUUAUUCCUCUUCUUCAUAUGAAUCACAGAUCGUUCUUCGGGAUAUUGAAGCAAGCGUGGCAGGGAAGGUUGUAGGUGUAAUAUCAGGAGAAAUUUUAGAUGUUAUGCCUCUCAACGUGGCUUUGCUUGCUGAUAGCCAGAAUGCUGAGGUCAUUUCUGAAUCUUCAAAGGAGGAGGCAUCUCACAACGUCGAUCAACGAGAACAAAGUAAUAGUUUUGCAAAUUCUUAUGAUGUUUUCUAUAGACCUCCUGUUGCAAACUCAAAAGAAGAGUAUCGGGCUCUACUUGCAGAUCUUAAAGCAGGACUUUUAGAAAUUCAAAAAGACAUUGAUCAAAAGCUGAAAAAGAAAUCUAUGGAAAAGCUAAGCAUCUCAAAUGACAUAAACGCUAAAGCUGCUCCUACCCCUUUAGAGGACGAUGAUUUCAGUGUAGUCACUUCCAAAAAAUCCAAAAGAUACACUCAGGCAACAAUGAUAUUCAAACGCGUCACAAAACCAAGUUUGCUGGACAAAAACUUUCAUCAUUAUUCUCUAAUUGUUCACUUCUUUAUUUAUUGUACUUCCAUUGCAUUUCAUUUCAUGGGCUCUCUUUUCGUUUUAAUAAAUUUAGGUAAAUGACUCAAAAAAAGACGAA